AUGAACCAUUCGAACCAUUCGCUGAAAUCAUUAGCAGCAUCGCUAAAUGAAAUCCAUUCUCAGCAACAGAAGCCAAGUAUUUCUGUAACGUUCAAGAAUAACAAUCUUGCUAGUAAACUGCGUUCGGGAAGACACUGCUGUGAUUGUCAAGCUAGAAUGCAUAAUUUGAUUCGGAACUGCUUGAGCUGUGGACGUAUAGUAUGUGAACAGGAGGGCAGUGGACCUUGUAUGUUCUGCGGUGAACUCGUCUGCACUCGAGAAGAACGGGAACUUUUGAAUCGGCAACAGUCAAGAAAAUCGGUUGAACUUUACUACAGAUUAAUGGGAUGUAGAGACGAAAAAACUGUUGAUGGAGGAGUAUUUUCUUCGGCAUCAGUCGGGAGUGUGUUAGCAGAAGCUGAACAGUACAAAAAUAAAUUAUUGGCUGCGGAUUCUAAUGCAGAAAUGAAGACACGCAUUCACGAUCUAGAAUCGGACUAUUAUAACAUGGAAAAUAACAUAUAUUUGACAAAAGCGGAACGAGAAGCUAUCAUGGCUCGUAAAGAAGAAUUAAAAGAAUUAAGAAUACGACAAAGACGGGCUUUCACUGUGGAUUUCGAUUUAGAAAAAACCAGUGUUUAUGAAGUCAGGGAAAAAUAUGAGGACAUACAUGAUCCAGUGAUCGAGUCAAUUUUGUUAUCUUCCAAGAGAAGGCAACAGACUGAAGCAUCAAGACCUAUGGCGAAGUGGGCUCCGGAUGGAUUUGUACUGAAGUAUAAAAGGCGAAAUAAACGAGAAGCCAAUCACCAACAGGAUAGCGGUAAUGAAGGAGAUAUUGAAGACGGAGCAUUUAUGAUGUUAAAUGAUGAAAUGAUAUAUACGGAAGUGGCAAGAAAAGGUUAUUCGAUCGGUAUCGUUCAGCCUCUUGCAACUCUGCUAGCUUUUGGAUUUCGAAGGCAUCUUCCAUGGAAUGAAGUUGUUGACAUUAGAGGGCCAAUACUUAUUGCUUCGAAAAGUAAAACUGCUUCAAAAAAUGAAAUUAACAGGGAGAUCUCACGUUGGCAUUCUUUUUCAAAUAAUAGUAUGGAAAAAUACAAUCUUCCAUCAGAAUUUCCUUCGGGUGCGAUUGUAGGUCGCGCAUUGCUUACUGAUUGUUUAUCGAUGGAAGAGUAUGGAGAGAAGUAUUCGAACAAGGAAUGCAUUGAUACUGAAGGAUCUUACGUUCUUAUAUUCGAUGUCUUUGAACCGUUGCUUAUUCCUAUUCCUCACAUUCCUGUUUCGAAUAUUUAUCAAGUUGAUAAGCAGUUGCUGACUGCUAUAAAGCAAAUUCUCGAACCAAUAUCUUUUUUUUGA